AUGGACUAUUUUCAUCAAUCAAAUGAAUUUUCGGACGUGAAGAUCUCGUUCAAAAAUGAAACUGAUGUGAUUCUCUAUGCGAACAAAGCUAUUCUAUCGGAAGCGUCACCGAUCAUAAAAGCAUUUUUAGCUAUCGAACCUGAUAGUACCUUCAUCAUUGAUGAAGAUGACGAACAAUCGAGUAUAACAUCGACCGAUAUGAUUGAAUUAUUAAAAUUUAUCUAUCCACAAUUUACAAUUAAAAUAACCGAACAAAACAUUAAUGGUUUAAUCCAUCUAUCGGAAAAGUAUCUGAUUGAAACACUUCGAAAUGAAUGUAAAAAGUACAUUCACACAUGGCUAAACGAUCUGGAACUGACAACCGUUGAUGAGAAGAAAGAAUGUGUACCGAGGCAUAUUCUUUAUAAAGAUGGAACACGCAAACACAUUGCAUCGGAAAUAGCUAAGCUCACACCGGAACAGACGAAUCGUAUUCGUACUCUCUCGAUCAGUUGCAAAAUCUAUUUCAAAUCAUUGUUCAUUUCAGGCACAUUAUGUACAUGGCUUCAUGAAUAUUUGUCACGUGACGAAAUACUCUCGUCGUCGAUUCUCAAUAUUCUCAAACAUGCCUCGACCGAUGACCUUGAGCGAAAUGAAAUCUUCUUGCAAAUGAUCGAUCGUGAAAAAACGCACAUAUAUAAGGUGAUCAGUGAAUAUUUGGAAUAUCAAACAAGUCCUGACAAAGAUUCGUCAAGAGUUAUUCAUCAUAAACAAUCUAGUUCGUUGAUGUUUGCGUCCGGCGACAAUUGA